CACAUAUUCAACAAUUUGUUAAACAAUGUUCCCAUUCUUUAAUUAAAUUUUGUACACUUGAGUUUAAAAGUCGAGUUCCUAUUCCAAAGUUUUCUGGUUAUCGCUGUACUUCAAGUAUUCAAACAUCUGAAAAUAUAUUUGACAUAUUUUUAUUACUUAACUGUGAAAAUUCCCAGUUUGGUUCCUACUCCUGCUCUAGCUGUAAUCUUCCAGUUUGCCAGCCUUGCAGUUCAGGGAAGUUUUUAUACCAUGAGGAAGAAUGCAAAAUAUUCCAGUCAAACCAAAUUACAUUCAGUGAUGACAAUGUAAGUAAAGUGUAUCCCUGUAUAACUGUACUGCGGAUGCUCAUUAGAGGAGUACAGGACCUAGAAACACAUGUACAGGCUCGUGAGGGUACUCCAGUCUGGGUUUACAAUGAGAAGUCAGUUGUACCGUUUCUUACCUCUUUAAAGGACAACAAUGGAAAUCCUUUGUUUAGUAAGGAAUACAUUCAUGAAGCAACAGGAGCACUUGAUACAAACAGUUUCCAGGUUCAGGAUGCGGAUGUAAAAGCAAGAGCUGUUUUUCCAACAGCUUCUUUAUUUAACAACAGCUGUAAACCUAACUGUUUCAGGGUAGUAAAUCGUAACGGAAUCUCUAUAAUAACUACAGAAUUGGUAAAAAAGGGCUCAGAGUUAACGAUCUGCUACACAGGACUUCUCACGCCAACACAUAUAAGGCAGGCUGUGUUCAAGCACACCAAACACUUUAACUGCAGCUGUCCACGUUGCCUGGAUGUAACUGAAGAAGGAACAUUUCCCACGUGUUUACUUUGCUCUGCAUGCGGUGGCAGACUGGAGGGAAACUCCUGCAUCAGCUGUAACCAAUCACAGGACGCUCAGAGAAUAGAACAGAUCAGCUUAUUGUGUGACACUCUGGUUAGUAGACUUGUACAAGAGGAAAACUGUGAAAUAUUGACAGGAGGUUUGAUGAAGCUGAGACGCCUUGUUUAUCUUCACCAUUAUCUGCUUGUUAAGCUUAAACUCCACUUUAUAAAACAUUCAGAAAAGUGUUCUACAUGUUAUGAUGGAGCUGCAAGAGCUCAGUGUUCUACUGAGAUCGCAGAUCUUCUAAAAAUUCAUAAAAUUGAGAAAACCUGGCUGAAACAUGAAGAAAUAAGAGGCAACCAGGAGACUCUAUGCAGUUGGAAAUCCUUAAUGGCGGAGAAAAAAGAAAAUUAGAUUCUUUGUGAAUUAAAAAAACAAUUGUCAUUUAUUAAAUUUAUUCUGGUUUUCAUGUACAUUUAUACUGGUUUUCAUGUACAUUUAUACUGUUUAUCAUAUACAUUUAUACUGGUUUUCAUGUACAUUUAUACUGGUUUUCAUGUACAUUUAUACUGGUUUUCAUGUACAUUUAUACUAGUUUUCAUGUACAUUUAUACUGGUUUUCAUGUACAUUUAUACUGGUUUUCAUGUACAUUUAUACACUGGU